ACCGACCAGGGUCUAAACGCCGUCAACCACACCAAAUCGAGACGCGUUUGGAUCCUACACCACAAUUGAAGCCUCCAUCAACAACGCGUUUCCCGAGCGAUUGACGCUGCAGACGUAUUCCGUCUCUCACAGGUCUCUACAGUGAUCACUUCUGUGCUUCAGUUAAUUCCUCAAAUCCAGUCAGGAGUUAUCGGUUUCGGUCGGCCCCGCUCUCAUCAAUGAGCACACGCGCCGGCGCGCCGGCAGUAUGCCCACCAUUCACGUAACGGCCCAGGGCGUCGAACACCUUCAGUCGAUUUCGAACUCGCUCCGGAAAGCGCGCAAGGUCGUUGUUGUGACCGGCGCAGGCAUCAGUACUAAUUCGGGCAUCCCAGACUUUCGCUCUCGAAAUGGCCUUUACUCUCUGAUACAGGCACAAUACGAUGCAGCUAAAAUCACUUCCUCGGGGGGAGAUGAGAGGCCAAACGAUCAGCCCGCCCCAAAGCGACGGAAACUGUCUGCCGAUUCGACGUCCGCCGAUCAAGAAUCCACGGAUCCAGCGCCCCCCACAAGCAUGUCCAAAUUGACGCCCGAGGAACCUACCCCGGCCAGCAAAGUCCUCGAAGGAACCCCAGAUGGCAUCGAUAAAGUGGCCGAUAAUACCGCAGCUCAUUCUAACGGUAUACACCCGCCGAUGGUUCUUCCUAGCUCGCCUCUGGCCUUGCCCUCGAUCGUAUCAGAUAGUGAACCACGCGGUCCAUCGAAUGGAAGACCCGUUUCCCGCACACCUGUGCGAAGGCCAUCUUCACUUUCCGCUCCAGGGUCUCCGAAAGAACACUCGUCUCCUCUCUCGUCGCCGCCACCCAUACUCUUUGACCCUUUCUCUGACAGCACAUCCGAGAACACGAGCUCAACGACGUCCGAGGCUGGAGAUACCCCACCUUCAUCGCAGUCUCAAGCCCAGUCAGUGGUCAACCAUCGAAACAGCCUCCCAAAUAUGAAGGGAAAGGACUUGUUUGACGCUUCGGUCUGGUCUGAUCCUGUCAGAACAUCUGUCUUCUACAAGUUCACAACGAGUCUGAAGCGCAAGUCGAAAGAAUCCAAGCCAACGAGCACACAUCAUUUCAUCAGCCACUUACGAGAUAAAGGAAAGCUCGUUCGCUGCUAUACCCAAAACAUUGACGAAAUCGAAAAGAGGGUUGGCUUGUCAACUUGUCUGAAGCUUGGUCCAGGAAGUCGAUCCAGGUUUGCUCGCCCCAGCCGGGCAUCAGCACCGGCGGCACUCGCUAGAAGUUCGAGUGAUCCUGGAGUCUUGGAAACCAAGGAAACCAAGCCAACCGCCCCUCCGCCAUCUGGUGGAGUGGAGUGUGUCUUUCUGCAUGGCUCACUAGAUUCCCUCCGAUGCUUUCAAUGUGGCCAGACCAGCGACUGGGAGAACGACCUGGAGAUGGCAACUCUGUCGGGGAACCAGCCCGCAUGCCCUCACUGCGAGGGGGCGACCGCUGCUAGGGAGAAUAGGGGCAAGCGUGCCCUUGGAGUUGGGAAGUUGAGGCCCGACAUUGUCUUGUACGGAGAGGAACAUCCAAACGCGCACCUCAUCUCACCGCUGAUACAACACGAUCUGUCACUGAAUCCAGACAUGCUACUGAUCCUUGGCACCAGUUUACGUGUUCAUGGACUCAAGGUCAUCGUCAGGGAGUUUGCCAAAUCAGUUCACAACAGGGGUGGCAAAGUGGUAUUUGUCAACUUGACCAAGCCCUCUGAGAGUGUCUGGGCGGACGUUCUCGAUUACUGGGUCGAAUGGGACUGUGACGCGUGGGUCGAAGAUCUAAAGACCAGGGAGGCUGAACCAAAGGGCGGGAAGGGCAUUUCAGGCCGCGCCGACAAAGGUGCCGUUGAUACCGGAAAACCGUCCAAAAAGAAGAAGGCCGCAACAGUUUUGAACAAGAAUGCCUCCAGCCAAGAUCAACCCAACCCGUCGACAGAACAGGAAGCAAAGGCCACGGCGACCGAACAGGAACCAAACAACUCGGUGACCUCGGUCAUUGAACAAAAGCUCGAGGCAUCUAUGAGCGAGCAGCAGCCUGAAACAUCGACAAUUGAGCAACAAUCGCAAUCAUCGUCAAGCGAGCAGCAGCCCAAGACAUCUAUAGGCGAAAAACAGCAAGGUUUUAUUGUAACCCAAACCCAGCAGGAACCACCUCAUCCCGGGCCGCAGGUCGACAUCGAAAAGGGAACUUCUAAUGCUUCCGGAGGAUUUACGGUUUGUGGGCCAGCGCCACCCACAGAUAUCAAAGAUUCUAGCAGAGAUGCAAUUGAGCAACAUGUCAAUAUUUUGGAGCUGCCUAAGAAACGGAAUAAGCCAAAUAACACGGCCAGGAAACCUUCGCGACGGACACCAGAUCUUCCAGAAGCAACUAACGAUCCCGCAUACAUUCUGCAGUGCAUUUACGCUGAACUGGCACAGAUUAGCGGCAGGCCAAACAACUACCUUCGGUCGUUCCAGAGGCCCCUUGAUCCCACGGCGGUACAUAAACCGCCGCCGAGGAAGAAAAAGUUGCCGGGCGUGCAAAAGCUCAAGAUUGCCGCAACCAAGAAAGCACCCCGUCCGAGAAAGUCUAACAUGGCUGCGGAGGCGCCGAUCGAGUCACCCAAAGUCGAUGCAAAGCCAACUUCCUGUCCUUUGCUCGUUUCUGACUCUCCUGGUCCACAAGACAUCGACGCUUCCGCACUGGCGGCCAAUGCCGAGCUAGUGCAACCGACCCAGAUCAAUGACCUUGUGGAUGGAGUUGCGGCCGCAAUAAAGUCAAAUCCGCGGAAACGCAAGCCAAAGAUGAUCGACGGUAUUGCCGUCGUGUCAGUUCCGCGAAAGCAAAAAUCUAUGAUUGCAAGAUCAGCAGCAUCAAAACAGAAGCCGUUGGAUCUUGCACAGGCUCAUGCGAUAGCCACCGCUACUACAGUCGCUGCAGUACAGCUACUACAAAAAGGAGACUCCACCACGCGGAACAGUGGCCACGAGUUAUCCCCUGCUGCGACAGACUUUAGCCCUGGGCCUCUGCCGCCUCCUACCAUGCGCAGCGAAAUAGCCGGCAUGCCAGCAGAGGACCCCUCGCACAGUCUGCAAUAUGCAGCCAUUAGGCUUGCGCCGUCAAAACUAGACGAGGAACACAAGCCCAGUCCUGCCCACCACUGGGCCAGUCCCGCGUCGUUGGCAGCCCCAUCCUCCGUCGAACCCCCACCACGACAUUCGCAACCGCAAUCGCUUGUUCAUCCGAGCUCGUCACAAGAACAGCAGCAAAAAAUGGCAACCGUAAUGCCGUCGCCAUUCAGUUCCAAUCAACCUCCCCCGCCAGCCUGGCUUACCCAGUCAUUAGCAACCCCUCAGGCUUCACCAUAUAUAUAUACAUCUUCUCCCCAGCCACCACGUUCAAUCCAGCAGCAAGCACAACGAAACAAUCCAUUCAGGCUUACUCAGUCCCUUGUAGGCCUUCGCAGAUCACCUGGCCUCACACCGCGAACAUUUUCGCCUGCGCAAUUCUAUUCGGGACCCAAGCCUGGAGGAUUCAGCGGCAGUAACUUGUCUGGGACGGCGUCGUCCGAUGCCGUCGCUGCACGGCGCGCCUUGCUGGAGGCGGAAGCUGCGGCGACUUUGUCCAGUAUGGCUAGUAGGAAAUGAUUUUUCUGGGUACUUCAAUGUCGCUCUUUGAGAAUAUGCCCAGCGCGCUUGACCUUGUGGUCUCUUCGAAAUUCUUCCUAAUGCGCGAUCCUGGUGGCUGCCAAGCGAUGAGCUGAGGAUACAUAUACUUUUUCGUGAGCCGCAUGAGAUGAACUAUUUUCUGUGUGUGCAAUGUCGCCAUUCAAAGAGAGAGAAAAAAAAGUUAGCAACAGGCGCAGCGGAUUUUCUUUUGGAUAUUUUUUUCUUCUCUCUUAUAGGGGCAUUGUCGGAUCCCACCAUACAAUUCAUGACUGUAGGUUCUUUUUUUUUAUGCAUUUUUCUGCACGGUGUUCAGGCGUUAUAUCAGGCACAUGGUUUCUAGCGAAGCUUAUAGAGGAGCACCGCCUAUCUUUUUUUUUUCUUUUUUUUUAUGUCGGCUGCUUAUCUGGAAUUUUGGUGUUUUGGGGGUGACAAGAUACAUCAAGUGCGCUUGUGGAAUUAUCCUUAUGCUCGCACAACCUGUUCCAGGCUCGGGCCGGCCGCUCUGAAACAUGGACUGCUGGUGUCUUCAGUGAUUGAGCCUGAGGUAUAUAUUAUUAUUCGCUACCCAGCUUCAGACUUCUUGCAAAUCGAACAGCUUUGGCGAAAUGUCAAAAUCUAACCUUAUCCCGCUCAUUCGGAG